AUGUCGCCGUCGUCCACAACUGCCUCUGCGAUGGGGCGCGUCUUCGCGCUUCUCAGUGCCACCUUCGUAGGAGCGGCGCUGGGCAUGAUGGCGGAGCGGGCCAGCGGCCGGCGUCCCAGGCACGAGCAGCCGAGAUUGCUGGACGUGCCGUCGCCCGGGCCUGCGCAAGCGCCCUCCUCACUGCGUGAGGCUGUGUGGAGUGAUGCCUCCGCGGGGCGGCUCUCCGCGUUCAUGCAAAAAACAGUGAGCAAAGGCCUUCCCUCGGAUGAGCGCGUGCGCUUCUUUGACGGCUUCGUGGCGAGCCUCAACUACGAAAGGCGGAUUCCGAAUUGGGUUUUGGAGUACAUCCCGGGCCCCGCCACUGCCGUCACGACGACGACGCCGACGGGGGGUGGGGAGGACGAAGAGGACUCCUCCGUGGUAAAGAGGGAGGGAAUGAAGUUUUUUGCGGACACCACCGUCCCGGAGACGUUUCGAGUGACGCCUGACGACUACAGCGGGGGAAGAGAACAACAACAGCUGCAGCUCACGCGAGGACUAAGUCGUGGUCACCUCGCCGCAGCGCAGUUUCACAAGACCUCCCCAAAGGAGAUGGCGGAGACGUUUAAUAUGAACGCAAACAUUGUCCCGCAGGACAUGACGAUGAAUGCUGUGGACUGGCUACGCCUAGAGAAUCUUACGAAGAGGCUGAUGCGGCGGUACGAAGGCGGGCUGUGGGUGGUGACUGGCCCUGUCUUUCAUCCGCGCUACGUCUACGGUGAUCCACGCUCCUGGGGGUGGACAGAGGCCCGCUCCACGUCCGCCAUCACCCCAGCAGCAACGCUGAACGGUGUCAACGGGGAUGUCAAGAAGGCGCGCAAGGUGGUUUGUUACGAACUUGUGGGUAAACACGAUGUGGCUGUGCCAACGCACCUUUUCAAAGUCGUGCUUGGCGAGCGGGCCGACGGGACCCAUGAGGUUGCCGCAUUUUUGAUGCCAAACGAGCCCAUCACAGAUGAGCGGCCGCUUGUCGCCUACCAGGUUGCAGUGAGUGAGGUGGAGAGGAAGACAGGACUGCAAUUCUUUCGCAAUGUGCUCGCUGCAAACAACGGUACGACUACCACCGCGUCGUCGUGGCGGACACACAAGAUGUUUACGCAAGGGUUGGACACACUCCCAAAUAUUUGCGGACGCCUGUCGUGUGAGGUCCGCACUGUAGCGUUGUUUCAGUCGUACAGGUGCAUUGCGCAGCUGCGAGCGGCACAGUCGCUGCCGGAACUGCAGCAGGUCUUCACUCGACUGCUUGCGGAGAAACAACAGCAGCAGCGUGACAAAGCAAAACCUCCCCAGCUCGAUUCUACCGUCAUGAAGGAGUACGAACAACGCAAAAAGGAACUUGUGGAGGCAGCCGUUGGCGAGAUGGAGUGA